UAGUGAGUUUCAACACAUCAGUGAUGGAACAGCGUCUGUUCAUGCUCCUGUGUUUCACAGGAGCCGUCCAUCUCGUCCUAUCUGUCCCUAUUUACUUUCUGAUCCAGCAGGGGAAAACAUGGAGUGAUGCUCAGGCUUACUGUCGAGCUGAAUACACUGAUCUGGCUAUCAUCAAAACCAGAUAUGAAAUGGAUCAAUUUAAGUAUGAAAUACAGGGACAACAAUUCAGUUCCAGUGCUUGGAUUGGACUGUACAAUGCCAUUAACAGCUGGCGCUGGUCCAUGGGAAAUGAGCCACUGGGAAGUGCGAAACUGUGGAAUCCAGGACAGCCUGACAACAGCGGGGGGCAUGAAGUGUGUGUUGUGUUGUACGGUUCUGGAUGGUCUGAUGUAUCAUGUAGCUCCAAAUACCCCGUUGUGUGCUUCGAUGCAAGCAAAAGACGAAUCGUAAGGGUGAAGGUUCAGUCAAGUCAAGAUGUGAAUGAUCCUGCACUAAAGGAGGCCAUGUUGGAGCAGAUCAAGCAGAAACUAACGGAUCAUGGGAUGGCAGAGAACAUCACAGUGAAAUGGAAAGAGCUACCAGAUGUAAAUGUGUUUUUCAAGGAGAAAAAAUAA